AUGGUUUCCCAGUGUGAAAGUCAUUCACUAAUAACAGACCCAGUUGAAUUGUCUUUGUCUGAAUUCAGGAGAUGUUCAUUCUGGGAGGAAGAACUGGCAAAGAAGUAUUCUUACAAAAGGAUGGUCUUUCUUGAUAAUGAAUACUGCAACUAUUGUCAAGGCAUUUUACAGAGUGUAGGGGACUUGUUUGCUUCCUUCUGGAAAUCUCUGCAACAAGAUACAGCCUUGUUUAUGUCAUUGCCUGAAAUGCGCCAGCUCUUGAAAUGCUAUGACAUACAGAUGUACAAGAGAAUUGAGGAUGUCCUCCUUAAUGAUUUUCUGGAAAAUAUUUCUCUUUAGUAUCUCAAAUCUGUCCGGUUAUUUAGUAAGAAACUUAAGCUAUAGCUACUUAGCUUGGAGGGUUUUCCAGCCCUCGUACAGAUCUUAAAGGUAGGUUUCAUUGCCCUGUUUGUCAAAAGACUGAGAAGAAAGACAUACCUUUCCAACAGGGCCAAGACUAUGAGAACAGUCCUGGAAAAUCACAGGAGAGCCAGCAUCCUGCAGCCGGACCUGCCAGUCAUCACAAAGGCCCUAAUUUAUUUACUGGGGACAUCAACAGACCUCAGUGUAUUCCUGAACUGUCUGUCUUCAAAUCUCCAAAUGUUUGUCUUCCGGUGUAACUUAUUCUUUUUAUCUUUGCUUUUAAACAUUCCCCUCUCCCAGCUCGUUCAGGUAUAGUGGGAAGAUAAGGCCAUGAAAAGCACCUUCAAACUCAGCCUCCCUGUGGGACAAGAGGCUCUGAUCACCCUGAAAGAUGGUCAAAAGUUUGUGACUCACAUAUCAGAUGUACACCAAAGCUCUGAAAAUAUUAAUUUCAGGAAAAGCAGUGCUAAUAAUUAA